ACCCGGAAGUAGUAGAAGUGUUUACAAUUUGAGUCAGCUGACUUCCUUUCGCCGGACUGAUAAUAGCUUGUAAUAUGUUUCUGCAUGUAGUCUGUACCGAGUUGCUGGCUUCUUCACUCUGACUGAAAUCCUUAAAUCAGCACAAUAUCCAGUUUAGAGGAUGCUACAUUAGCAGUUUGUUUAGCUAGCGGCUGCUCUACAGAGGCAAAUAUCAGGGUUUCAUUUCCAAAGCAACGUUCAGAAGACUUUCUAAUGAUGGAGAAGAUUGCUAAAGAUGUUGGUGACAUCCAGUCCAGACUGUUGGACCACAGGCCUGUUAUCAGUGCAGAAGUUCGCUACUUUGUCAGAGAGUUUGAGGAGAAGCGAGGCCUGAGGGAGACUCGGCUUUUGGAGAACCUGAAUAAAACGGUGCAGGAGACAAACGAGCAAAUGGUGCCCGCUAAUUUACAGGAAAUGAGCCAGAAACUAUCUGACAUCAGUAAGCGCUUGGAGGCUGCUAAUCACAUGGCAGAGAGAGUCCAGCAGAGGGAGCUAGAGACCCAACAGAGCUCCCAGCUGCAGGCGAACAUGGAGAAAUUGAAAGAGGACUGGGCGGAGUUUCUGAAGGAGCAGCAGAGGCUAAAGGAAGAGGUGGAUGAGGAGCACGCUAAGGCUGUUGGAGAAAUCAGCACUCGCUUUAGUGAAAAGAAGAAGGACUUGGCACAAUUUUCUCUCUGAUCGCUUUUCUAUUGUAUCAACACUUUGUUAAACAAAUGGCAACCAGUUCAGCAAACUUGCUUUUUUAUUUAAUUGUAAAAUGUAUUCCCUAUGUCAAAACAUUAAUUUUGUGUUGCUGUGUUUAGUAUUAAGAUUCAUCUAUAAUGUAACCAUUUGCAGAAUAAUGCAUUUGACUUGAUUCGAUACUGUUUCAAUAUGAUGUUAAUAAAAUAAAUGCACAGAAUUAUAAAUAAAUUAUUUUAUUAAAAUCAAAAGCUAAAACAAAAUAAAACAUGGUAACAAAAUCCAAAUAUCAAGAAAAUGUAUGCAGUCAUUCUUGAAAGCAAAACCUGCUCACACAUUUAAUUUCUGUGGUGAGGAUUAAAGAAAAAACAGAAGCUGAAGCAGACUGUAAAAAGAUUACAGACUUUUAAAAAAAUCAUAAUACAGCACAUAACAAGCAGCUUUGUGGAUUUCUUCAUCUGUCUUUAGAAAAACAGAAUAUUAUUUAAAAACCC